UUGACAGAAAAAUGUGUGUACUGCAGUUGAAUCAGUAGGAAGGAGUGUGCAUUUUUUUUUUUUCAUUUUUAGAAUGUGGAAACAGCAUCGACAAUAUAAUUAAAACACUAUCCACAUGCGAAAGUUAUAUUGAUAACUUGAGACCAGAAAAUAUAACUAGCGUUUUGAGAGAACGUGCCAGUAAUCUGUCGAAGAAGAAAAUGGGAGAUUCGGGCACACAAACGCGUUCAGGUGGAUAUGAGCGGUUGACAGCUGAGGAGAUGGAUGAACAACGCGUCCAGAAUGUUGCCUAUCAAUACCUUUGCCGUUUGGAAGAGGCUAAAAGGUGGAUGGAAGCUUGUCUCCACGAGGAGCUGCCUGCCCCGACUGAACUUGAGGAGGGGCUGAGGAACGGGGUGCUGCUGGCCAAGCUAGGCCACUGUUUUGCCCCCAAGAUAAUCCCCCUCAAAAAAAUCUAUGACCUGGACCAGGAACGCUUCAAGGGUAUGGGAUUGCAGUUCCGCCACACGGACAACAUCAACCAUUGGCGCAGUGCGAUGGCGGAGAUCGGACUACCAACGAUGUUCCACCCAGAGACCACUGACAUCUAUGAUAAGAAGAACAUGCCCAGAACUGUGUACUGCAUCCAUGCUCUCAGCCUCUACCUUUUCCGACUAGGUUUGGCCCCUCAGAUCCAUGACCUCUGUGGCAAGGUCAAAUUUACAGAGGAGGAGAUUAACAACAUGAAACGGGAGCUGGACAAAUAUGGCAUCCAGAUGCCAGCCUUUAGCAAGAUUGGGGGGAUCUUAGCCAAUGAGAUAACAGUGGAUGAGGCUGCUGUCCAUGCUGCAGUUAUAGCUAUCAAUGAGGCGGUGGAGAGUGGGCAUGUGGAGGUCACUGCCCAGGCCCUGCGGAAUCCCAGUGCCAUGCUCACCAACCUGGAAGCGCACCUGAUGCCAGUCUACCAGGAGAUGCUGCGCCAAGCACGGGCACAGAAGGCGGCUCUCGCCUACACCAAGUGUAAAGGUUCAGAAGAGAAGGAUAUCUAUGAGGAAUACCUGACCCAAAGUGAGAUUCAAGAGAAUAUUGACAAAGUGAAUGUGCGUGCGGCCAUAGAGCAGGUGGACGAGGCCCUGGAUUGUGGGGACUCUCUGGCCCUCCUGGCAGCCCUCCAGGUCCCCUGUCUGGCCCUGAGGGGCCUCCAGAGAGACUACGGGCCCUGGUACCUGGAGCAACUGGCCACUGACCGUGAACAGAAGGCCCUGGACCUGGGCUGUGUGGACCCUCUUGAGCGAGAUGAACUGCAGGAGGGGGUGUGUGUGGCUAACGAGGAGGCCCAGCGCAACCAGACAAUGCAGAAAGCUGUAAGGUCCAUCAAUGAGGCUCUGCGUCUUGGGGAGCCCAGGCAGACUGUCCGUGCACUCAUGGACCCUGAUGCCCACCUCCCAGACGUCUACCCCUUUGCCUCAGCGCUCUACCAGAGUGAACUGGCCCCACUUCAGCGACAAAGUCCUCAGGGGGACCUGCAGCAGGAGGAGCUGUAUGUAGCAGUGGAGAUGCUCUCGGCGGUGGCUCUCAUCAACCAGGCGGUGGAGGCCAAAGAUGUGGGAGCCUUUUGUGCCACGCUGAUCAGCCCUGCAGCCGGUCUGGCCGAUAUUGACGACAGCCUAGUUCAGAGGUACUUUGAGGAGCUGGGUGAUCAGAGGAGGAAGGCUGGGAGAGCUCUGCUGACGUGGAACGAUCUCCAGAGAGGACUAAACUCUGUAAAUGCAGCAGCACAGGAAGAGCAUGACCAGAUCCUCACCAUCGGGCUGAUUAACCAGGCCCUGUGCCGAGGCGACCCUCAGAAGACUCUGGCUGCACUGCUCUUGCCUUCUAGUGGCCUUGAGGAGGUGACAACACUCAAUGCCCGCCGCUACCAUGAUGUACUGACCAGAGCCCGGAGGCAGAAGGCUGAGGUGAACCGUGACCCAGGAGCAGAGUUGUGGUUGGCUGACAUUCAGGAAGGAGUGAGAAGAGCCAAUCAGGACACUCAAAGAGCCCUGAAGAUGUCCCUGGGCUUGGCGGCCGUGAACCAGGCGGUGAAGGAGGGCAAGGCGUCCCAGACUCUGCGAGUCCUGCGUCUGCCAGAGGUGGCGCUGCGGAGCGUGGUGGCAGAAUGUGCUGGAGUGUACCAGGCUGAACUCACCGCCCUACUCGGAGCCAAAUCUGUGGGAGGAGACAACCGGAGCCCAUGGCUGAAGACCAAGACUGAGGACAGCCCCUACUACUUCCACCUGCACAAGCUGGAGGGCACCUGGGAGAGACCGCAGGGCUUUGUCCAGUGCACAGUGUUCCUGGCCCACGAAGAAAUACAGGCGGUGCUGAGCAGUGUAACUGCUGCCCACGGCCGGGAGGUGCAUUGGAAGGCCAGUGAGGGCCUGGUGGUGCAGCUGCAGGCCAGGGCCCAGGGAUUCCUCCUCAGACAGAGGCUGGGUUCCCGUCUGCACUUCCUCAACACCCAGCUACCUGCCAUCAUCACCAUCCAGUCCCACUGGAGGAGGUUCGUACAGCAGAGAGCCUACAGAAAGAGGCUACAGUAUCUCUACCAGAACUGGAGGGCUGUAGUCAGGGUCCAGGCCAGUGUGAAGAUGUGGAUUGCUCGGAGGAAAUACCUUUCUCGUCGGCGCUUCUUCAGACGUCAAGUGGGCGCCAUUAUAAAGAUCCAGGCAUUCUUCCGAGCCAACAAGGCCCGUGAGGAAUACAGAAUGCUAGUCCACUCCACUACCCCUCCUCUGUCAGUAGUGAGGAAGUUUGCGCACCUGCUGGAGAUGGGUGACAACGACAUCCGCCAGGAGGGGGAGCUGCUGCGUAUGAGGGAGGAGGUGGUGAGGACCAUUCGCUCCAACCGCCAGCUGGAGACUGACCUGGACCUAAUGGACCUCAAGAUAGGACUGCUGGUCCGCAACCGUGUCACGCUGCAGGAGGUGGUUUCCCACUGCAAGAAGCUGACCAAGAAGAACAAGGAGCAGCUGUCGGACAUGAUGGCUCUGGACAAGAGCAAGGGCCUCAAGGCCCUGAGCAAAGAUAAGAGGGAGAAACUGGAGGCUUACCAGCACCUCUUCUAUCUGCUACAGACUCAGCCUCUGUACCUGGCCCAGCUGAUCUUCCUGAUGCCCCAGAAUAAAACGACUCUCUUCAUGGAGACGGUCAUCUUCACCCUGUUCAACUACGGCUCCGACUGCAGGGAGGCCUACCUGCUGCUGCAGCUCUUCACCACCGCGCUGCGCCAUGAGAUCAAGUGGAAGGUGGACCAGCCCCAGGAGGUGGUGACUGGGAACCCCACAGUCAUUAAGAUGUUGGUGAGUUUCUACCGCCAUGCCCGCGGUCAGACAGCGUUGAAGGAGAUCCUGGGGCCGGCUAUUAGAGAGGUGCUGCAGGACCGCACCCUCAGCAUCCGCACGGACCCCUGCGAGAUCUACAAGAGCUGGGUCAACCAGACCGAGACCCAGACCGGCCACAAGAGCUCCCUGCCCUAUGAAGUGAGUGCAGAGCAGGCCCUGGCCCACCCAGAAGUGCAGCGUCGCCUGGACAUCUCUAUCGUAAACCUCAAGAACCUCACAGACCGCCUGCUCAACGCAAUCACCAGCAACCUGCAUAAAUUACCAUAUGGGAUGCGCUACACAGCCAAGGUCCUGAGAGAUUCUCUACAUGAGAAGUUUCCUCAGGCCAGCGAGGACGAGCUUUACAAGAUUGUGGGGAACCUGGUGUACUACCGCUACAUGAACCCAGCCGUGGUGGCGCCGGAUGGUUUUGACGUGGUAGAGUUCUCGGCCGGCUCCUCCCUGCUCCCCGAGCAGCGCCGCAUCCUGGGUUCCAUCGCACGCAUCCUGCAGCAUGCUGCCGCACACAAACACUUCCACGGUGACAGCCCUCACCUGCGUGCCCUCAACGACUACAUUACCCUGACGCACUCCAAGUUCCGUAAGUUCCUGCAUGCUGCGUGUGACGUGCCGGAGCCCGAGGAGCGUUUUAACAUUGAUGAGUACUCUGAGAUGGUCAUCCUCAACAAGCCUGUCAUCUAUAUUUCCAUCAGUGAGCUCCUCAACACCCACAAGCUUCUGCUGGAGCACCAGGACUCCCUGUGUCCCGACCAGUCUGACCCGUUGCUGAAUCUGCUGAGAGACCUGGGGAAGGUGCCCACUAUCCACGCUCUGGUUGGUGAGGGGGCUGUGAGCACUGCGGAGCCCCAGACCGAACAGACCCUGGCCCACUACAGUAAGAUGGAGGUGUCCCUCACCCUCACCAGCAAGUUUGAUGUGUUCAGGGGCUCAGACGACCACCCUGACACCAGGGGGAUUCUCCUCAGUACCAAACAAUUGAUCAUCGACGUGAUCCGAGCCCAGCCUGGAGACACACUGAGUGAGGUCCUCAGGGCCUCCUCCUCUCAGGAUCAGGAGGUGCAGCAUGGGUGGAUGAUGCAUCGCCGCGCCCAGAGGGACGCCCGCACCCCCGAGAAGAUGAAGAGGAACCAGUCAAUCGUUGCCGACGGCAACAUGUCUCUGGAGGAGAAGAAGCGGAAGAUCCAGCGUAGCCUGAGGAGGCUGGAGAGCCUGGGGGUCCUGACUCCACCUGACUCUGAGACACAGAUACUACAGCUCAUAGCCAAGGACAUCCGCCACCAGCGUCUGUACCGGCAGCGUCGUCAGGCUGAGCUGGUCAAGCUGAGACAGACCAUGGGCAGCCUUCACUGCAAGAGCUCCUUCCACAGCGAACAGGUGGACUUCUACAGCCAGUACAUCACCACGUGCCUGGAUAACCUCACAGCGAAACACAGUAAGGUGAGUGGAAAGAAGUCAGCGGAGAGCAAAGGGAAGAAGAGCAAGCAGCCCACUCUGACCUACACUGCUGCCCGUUUACAUGAGAAAGGAGUCCUGUUGGAGAUUGAGGACCUGCCAGUCACACAGUUUAAGAAUGUGAUCUUUGACAUUGUGCCCGGUGAGGAGGGCGGCACGUUCCAGGUAAAGGCUCGCUUUAUGGGGGUGGACAUGGAGAAGUUCCCCCUCAAAUACCAGGACCUGCUGCAGCUCCAGUACGAGGGAGUGGCGGUGAUGAAGAUGUUCGACAAGGCCAAAGUCAAUGUCAACCUGCUCAUCUUCCUUCUCAACAAGAAGUUCUUCAAGAAGUGAGGGGUUAGAGGAAACUGCCAGAUCUCCCACCCCAAAAGGCUAUUUUUUUGUGUGUACUUUGGCUACUUUUUGUAAAUGUACCAAUGGACAGAUUUAGUUCAUAUCUAACUACAUUAAUCAAAUCAGUUAAUUUAGUGAUAUUAUUCAAGCAGGAAAUUUAAAAAUGUGGUCACUAAGGAUGAGGUUUGCUCAUUUAAUAAUAAUGAACUUGUGUGAAUUGGAAAUGUGUUUUUACAUAUCCCAACUCCUGAGACACCCUCAGAGUUUGGGUCAGAGCCAGCUAGGGGCAGACAUAACGGCCUACCUGGAGCAAUUGGGUUUAAGGUUCUUGCCCGAGGGCAUUAUACAGAUUUUUCACCUUGUCGGCUUCGGGAUUUGAUCCGGCAAACUUUCGGUUAUACUGGCCCAACGCCAUUGUCUUACGUCAGAUCGUGUCACUCUUACGUGAUGCUUGUCCCUUAACCUCAAUUCAGUGCAGACUGCCGUCGUGCUAUCUGACGUGAGACAAUGGGGCCAAACACUAACCUUGAGGUUACCUGCUGCCCAACUAUUUGCCUUGAGUGAUGUUCCUCAUUUUGCUUGUUGGGAUGACAGGGCUAUAGUAUGCCUCAAUUUGUAUUAAUCUCACCCUCCCAGAUUUACAUUGUUUUCUUUUAUAUCUUGAAAAUAUUCGAGCAGCUUUACUUUAAGGGAUUUUAAUCAAAAAGACUGCAACUUUAUUUACAUUUAUUUUAUCUCUAGUGGCUCUAUCUGUGUACAAACGGCUUAAUCUAUUAUCAUUUAUUUAAUCCUCUGAUGUUCUACGACUGUAUCCUAUCAUCCGGCUGAUUUCGCCACCUAUCUCCCUUUCAGAAACUCACCGAGCAACUUCUCAUACAGUAUGGAUGGAUUUGUUUAAAUAGAAACACUACAGUUUGCCACAUAGCAGCCGACACAAUCCUCUGGUAUUUUGUGCACUACUUAAAAUGGGCACAGGACCACCGCUAAGCUGCAUUUGCCUCCCACUCCACAUACAUCUGCUCUCAGGGGAUUUUUAUGUUGUGCAGCUUAAUGUUUCAAAUGCCACGUUCAUUAGCCUAGCAACACGAAAUGGUACUGUAAUAUGUGCCUUGGGACUUCCUGUGAUUUAUGGUUUGUCUCCCUGAUGUGUAGGUUACUGACAGGUCUGGCCACAUUGUAUGGUAUUUGACCCUAAAGACAGAUGACAUUGCAAUGAGGGUGACUCCAUUUAGCUAGGCUUCUGUCAGCUGGAGAUGUGGUUGAGCCUUGUUGUCCAACCUUUGACCUCUAACCUAAGCGGCUUGACCUUUUGUUAGUCUGUGCUUGAAACUUUGUUCAAACUUAUGUACAUAUUUUCUGUCAUUUGUUUCUCUUCUCUUUGUAUUUUCAUCUGUCAUUCCGCUACCCUAAUGUCAGUCUUUCGCUUUUUCUUUUCAACACUAAUGUUCAGGCCAGUCACAAUUAGUUGGUAAAUAUGAAUAUGGACCAACAUGACAAUAAAACUAAUUUCUUUACAUGUCAGUGCUGUAGCUGUAAGGGAAAUGUUGUCUUUUGUCUUGUUAGAUUAAUUAACCAACUGCCUGAUUUUAAAUUGUUCUAAUGAAUCUUACUAUGCAAUGGAAACUUAACACUCCUGUUUUUUACUUUUAUAUUCUAAUAAAAAUGUAAUUUUUC